AUGACGUUUGCCAGAAACACAACUUCUUCUACCUCAUCAUCAUCUUCUUCUUCUACCUCAACCUCAAUGUUUGGAACACUUUUCACUCCAUCACCGGUAUUAAAGGAGGAAGAGAAAGAUGAAAUGGAGGAGGAAGAGGGGAAAAGAGCAGACAUGUCAUUUUUAGAUUUUGUGGACAAAACACAAAAGUGUAUCAAAGACAAAGAGUACCAAAAACAGAUUACUAAAUCUGAGCAAUCACAAAUACGGUAUUUAGCUCAACUCAAGGAAAAAAGAUCUACUGUCAUCUCUUGUUAUGAAAAGAGGAUCGAACAAUUGGAGAAAUCAAACUUUGAAUUUGUUGGUUUUGCCUUAGGUUACAUUGGACAGACCAACAAACAAAUAGAGAACAUCAACAAAGAGUAUGCAGAAAAAUUUAAGCGUUUGGAGAAUCAAUCAAUGGAAAGAGAAAAAAAGUUAAUAGAAGAUCAUCGAGACAGAGCAUGUGUAUUGAUUGAAUUGGAUAAACAGUAUGAAAAUCUAAAAGGUGAAAGAUUGGAAGGACUAGAUGAUCAAGAAUUGAACCAUCUCAUUGAAACCAACCAAAAAAAAAAUGGAAACACUCAAAAAAGAGAACAAGAUUUGGUUGAUCAGAGUCUCUGUGCUGUCUGCUCGGAAGAACCAAUCAAAAUUAUUCUCAAACCUUGCCAACAUUUUUGUUUAUGUCGAGGUUGUGCAACUAAAGUGUCAACAUGUCCAAUUUGUCGUCAAAAUAUUGCUAAAAAGAAAGAAAUAUUUUCCUAA